GUCCGCUCGUAGGUUUCUCCUGAGGAUGCAUGUUCAUCGGUACGGCGGUAUAUAUACAUGGCGCAUCGGAUCAUCACCACCACCACCACCACUAUCGUCCACCAAUACUACUACUAGUAGUCUUCCGCACCCAGGCCUGACUGCCUUGGAGUGACAACCUCAGGCAUUCACUCCCCACACAAUUCUCAUCUCCUAAUAUUUUGAUUGACAAAAGAAUCUCACCAUGACAACCGUCACUGCCCCGGCGCCCUGGAUCACCAGCAGUCAACAAUGUACCCUCGAGACCUGUCCCAUGUCCUAUGCGCACAUCACCUACCUACCCAACCUCGGCGGUAACGCAUUCUACAUCGCCCUCUUCGCCCUCUUCAUCCCCGUACAAUGCUAUCUCGGCAUCCGCCAUCGCACAUGGGGAUACCUCUUCGGGACCAUCUGUGGUCUAAUCCUGGAAGUACUCGGCUACAUAGCGCGCAUCUACAUGCGCCAUAACCCGUUCAUUGACCGGUGGUUCAUCAUGUACCUCGUCUGCCUCACCAUCGCCCCCGCCUUCCUCAGCGGCGCCAUCUACGUCUCCCUGGCCCGAAUCGUCGGCGCCUACAGCGCGCAAAUCUCCCGCAUAAAACAACGCAGCUACAGUCUGAUCUUCAUCAGCUUCGACAUCAUCUCCCUCCUCCUACAAGCCGCCGGCGGCGCCAUCACCACCUCCAACUCCGCCUCCACCGUCCAAGACGGCAUCAACAUCAUGAUCGCCGGUCUGGCCUCCCAAGUCGCCUCCCUAACCCUCUACAUCGUGAUCGUCCUCGACUUCGCCUACCGCGUGUUUAGUCUGAGCGCCCGGAACCCCUCUGCAAGCAACAACACGACCUUCCGUCUCGCAAACACCACGAAACGCGAAUCCGAUUCCCAGGACCUCGUCGUCUCUGAUACCGGUCUAAUUACCCUGAACCCGGAAUUCGCGGCCCUGAGGGCGUCGAAUCGCUGGAAGGCGUUCCUGUUCUGUCAGGGUCUCGCCGUCGUGUGUAUCUACAUUCGGAGUUGUUUUCGAGUCGCCGAGUUGUGUGGUGGGUUUAGUUCGCAUUUGGCGAAUGAUCAGACCACGUUUAUGGUGCUCGAGGGGAUGAUGAUUUCGAUUGCGGUCAUUGCCAUGAGUACUUGGGGACAUCCGGGCAUUGGGUUUAAUGGACGGUGGGAGGCGUUGAAUUAUCCGAUGUUUCGCGUUGGGAGGAAGAAGGGGGAAAGUCAGGCGGAGGCUUAGUGGGGGGAGUUGUGUGUUGUUAUGAUGAUGCAUCUGGUUUGGUUAUGGGUGUGAUUGAUUUGUUUCUUUUGUGUUUGGUUUGGCCGGUCUGGUGUUGUGGUGUUGAGCGUGGUGUAUACUAGCUUUGUCUAGAAAAUCAGGGUAUAGAGUUCCUGCAGGUGCAUAGCUAUCAAUAAG